AUGGAGGGGCAUUAUCCGUCUCCGGUAGAGAGAAUCUUCCCGAGCGAUCGCUCCUUUCUGAAUAUCAUCAUGAAUGCCACGUCAAGCGGAGCCGCAUUCAGUUUGGAUCAAGAUGAUGCUCCGUUGACGAGAAUGGAAGCUGAGUACUGGACUUUAUACGCGGAGUCAUCUGUCAACAUCAUGAAGUUCUUCGCCAUCAUUGCCCUUGGUCUUGCCGCCGUUGUCACAGCUGCUCCCGCCCCCCAGCUCGACUGCACUCGCGAUGGCUUCUUCUGUGAGCCUUGCGUCAAUGGAAAGCAGCAAUGUGUUGCCUGCGCCGAUGGAACUGGCCUUGGACUGACCCGGGACUGUUAA